AUGCCAGAUUUGAAGUCCAAGACCUUGUCAAGCCAAUCUUUGGGAGCGGCUAUUCCUCCAGAAAUUGUGUACCAAAUACUUACAUACCAGUUUAGGGAUUUGUUAAGAAAUGACCAUCCAGGUACGGCAGAAAAGUUUAACGAAAACUUAACUACAUUUGUCAAAAGUAAUUUAACUGUUAAUAAGACAUUCUCCCAUAUUUGUCAAGUUCUCAUUUAUAGAUAUUGUAAUUUAACUACCGCAAAGAGAUUUCACGGUCUUUUACAGACUUUAAAGGGAAAUAGAUGCCUUUGCAAUAAGAUUGAAGUAGCCGAUUUCCAAGAAUUAACGUCUAUUGGACUGGGGAGGUCCAGUGAGAUGAAUAAAAUGAUUAAAAAUCUAACUAACGAAACUCUUCUUGAGUUUCUAAUGCUCACAAAAGCAAACUUAAGGGAAUUCUUAGCAUGUGAAAAUAUUCAAGACGAUUUAGACGAUAAUAUCAUAAAGUAUAUUCUAUCUCCAGGAAAAGUCUUGAGUGUAGUGGAUUUCUGUGGCUGUUCAGGCACCACUUUCACAGAAAGUUUUAUUAAGGCCCUGGAUAAAUACUACCCUAAUAAAUCGAUUGAUCAGUACCGGCUGGAACCUAUUCAACAAAAUUAUCAGAUUACCUGCUUAGGCCUAAAUGAUUGUAUUGAUCUACCAUCACACGUCCUUUGGAAGAUCUUAAAAAUGUUACCAGAACUACAAAAACUUGAUUUAUCUCAUACCUCCAUUGAUGAUAGUACCUUAUAUCACGGCAUACCUCACUGGAAAAAUUUAACUCAUCUUUCCCUCGCUACUUGUCUUCAAGUUACUCCAAGAGCGGUUCUGGAGUUUUUUAGUCAUCACCCAACAAUUACAGACCCUGACAACACUUCUACAUUAGAAUGGCUGAAUGUUAGUGUCAUUGCCCAUUCCUCAUCUUGGAAUGAGGUGCACACAAUGUUUUUACUAAAAAAACUUUGUCAACAUGGCCAUAACAAAACUUUGCAAUAUCUAAAUAUCGGCGGUUUACCGCUUCAUGUUGCACCUUCUUUCGGCGAGGACCCUAUUAGCGAAUCCACUUAUUAUUACCAAUGCCGCGAUAGCUUACAGUUCAUAAAGUGGAAUUUUCCGAAGUUAAAAAGUUUGAGUAUAAAAGGUAAUAGUAUCCCGAUAUCUACGCUCGUAGAAUUUUUGACACCAAUUGAUCAAGACCAUCCUAAUUGUGCUCAAAAAUUGAAGUUUUUGAAUAUUUCUGGUAACUCUUAUGUGAAUAAAUGGACUAUUCAGGACUCAUUAUUGUACACUUGUUCUCCAAGUUUAGUCGCGUUAGAAGUUUCCUUUGACUCGUGGCAACAGAUUGAAAAACUAAAUGAUAGACAUGAAAUUAUUGCAUACAGAUAUAAAAACCCAAAUUCGGUAAUUAAAGAUAUUUCAACAGCAGAACAAGUAAAGUGGAAAUGUUACAUUGAUUCUUCUUAUGGUAGGAGAUAUUGGUUAUAUAAGACUGAUCCUUUCCUGAAUCGUGAUGACUUGGAUUCUAAGUCAAAUUUAACUAGGUAUGAUUUUGAGGGUCACAAAAUCAUAGAAAUUAUAAACCAGCCGGAUUUCCUAAAGUUUGCCCAAAGUAAAAUCAUGCUUGGAUGUGGUCUAGUUCCUCAAAGUGGUAUUAGACGUAAACUAUGUUACAGAGAUUUAAAGCCACCAGUUUCUCAAUUCUUAAAUAGAAAAGGUGCGAUCAGCCUUGGUGAUACUCCACUACCAAUAAUUACCCCAACAUUACCUCGUGGUGGGUGGAGAAUCAUCCAUAAUGAGGACGACAACAACAGUCAUGUGGAAGAUAGCCAAAAUCACGUGAAUGCCAUCCCAAGAAGGAAUUCUCUGUUGAGCAGACCCACUUUAAGAAGCAACAAUGGUUCUUCCUCUGCCAACCCCUUUGCUAUCAAUGUUUCUCCUGCAUCUCAAAUCAGGGAUGGUUUGUACUGGGAUAGGUCGGUCCAUGAUUUACGUGAGCUAUCAUUGCAAGAACAAAGAAUUCAGGAGUUAGCUGAUGAGCAGCAGGAACUAAGAACAAUCGCAAACUUUGAAGAGACUGACGACGAAUAUUUGCACGAUCCCGACUUGCAACGGAGAAGGUCCCAACUUCACUUAUUUGAAAGUUCGCGCUCACGUUCAGGAAAUAAAACAAGACCAAGUUUAACUGGUGAACACUCGUCCUCGGCAUCGUUUCUAUCCUUCUCCCACUUCAACCACCUUCACAAGCGUAAGAAUUAUUAUUUCACGCAUCCCGAUGAAUUUGUCUAUGAUCCAAAGGAUCCUCUGACGACUCAAAGAUAUAGAUUACAUUUUGAAAUAGUCAACGAAUAUCAAGUUUUUGGGUGCAUUGAGCGUGGAAUGUAUAGAUACUACAGUUUAAAAGCAUAG